UAUCCUUUCUUUGUAAACUACAUAUAGAGACAUAGGCUAAUAUGAGCCUAUUAUAAUAGGUAUCCUUUCUCAUAAGAUUAUUCAAACUUCAGAAAUAAAUAAACCCAGCUUUACAAUACUGUUAUAGAAUAUAGAUUCGAACUCUAAGGUAGUGUUGAAUCGUACCAUGGAUCAUAGGCUAUCAUUUCAUGCGUAAACGGUAUCAUGUAAUAUUAUGUAGGUAUACCAUAUUAAAUGGAGCAUGCGCGAUGAGAUUUCCUUUUUCGCGCGGCGUAGUAUCGAAUACUCGGAGGGAGCACGGUGGAAACGGCUUACGCCUUCCGACAACCCAAGAAUUCCUUUGUUUCUCAAGUAUCCCACAGAGCCACCGCCGGCUAAGAGUACCAAGAAGGAAGUCAUCGUGGUGCCCUCGCAUCUCGCCGAGCGCUUCGACGAGAUUGGAUCAGCAAGUGAGACAGGAGUGGAUGUGAUCGACCUGGGCGCUCCGCGGCGCGCGCGCCUCUCCCCCGCCCGCCCGCGCACCGCCCCCGCCCGCCCGCGCCCUCUCUACACGCCCAAUCCGCGCCUCUACCCGGGCCCAGCGAUUCAAUCGAAGCGGAAGGCGGACAGAGGGAGCUCGAAUCGUGGUCGCAGACGAAAGCGCGUGUUUCGGCGACCCGUCCCGAACUCGCGCUUGUACCGGCCCGCGCCGCCGCGGCCCGCCCCGCCGCCGCCGCGGCCGCGCGCCGCCUGGCCGCCGCCCGCCAGCUCGGCGCCGCUCGCGCUGGACACGGCGUCGCGCGCCGCGCUGCGCCUGCUCAGCUCGCGGCUCGCGUCGCCGCCGCGCGCGCCCGCCGCGCCGCGCCCCGAGCGCCGCCUGGUGGUGAAGCUGCCGCCGGCGCCUGAGAGCGCGCUCUCGGUCUCGCCGGAGCGGCUGGUGCGCGCCCGCGCCAUGGACACCGCCACCCGACAUUCCACCAGCCCGGAUUGCUCAGACGGCAACGAGCCUUCCUCGGCGCCUUCAGAGUUUCUAGCUGAGUUUCUAUCUGCGAUAAUGAGACGGCAGUACGCAGAGGCGCUGAAGUACUGCCGCUUGAUCCUGCAGUACGAGCCGCACAACGCGACGGCGCGCGGCUUCUACCCGCUCCUGCAGCACAAGCUCAACAAUCACAAAAGCAAUAAAGAUGAAACCAGUUCAAGCGAGGAAGCAAGCCCUCCGCAUGAUCUCAAAAAUGAAUGCGACACUGAGGAGGGUUCGGGCGGCUUGAAGGUGGACGGCGGGGCCGGAGCGACGGGCGGCACGGGCGGCACGGGGGCCACCGGGGCCACGGGCGGGGAGGACAGCGAGGACGCCUGGGACGAGUCGGAGCGCUCCGGGGCCUCUUGUUCAUCCCUGGAGCUGGACUCGUCGUCUCCCAGCCGCGCACAAAAUUCACGGUCAACGCGCUCUUCCGACAGUAAGUACCUACCUACUUAAAAUUAUGGAACAUGUGGUAUAAAAAAAAUAUUUAAGAAAAUCUUUAUUUUGCCAAAACAUUAUAGCUCAUAUUAUCACGUAAAUAACUAUGUAUACUCAAUACUGUGUCAUAAAACUAGAAAAGCUCACAUUGAAACAUCUUAUGAAAACACGUUCAUUCCGCGCAUUUUGAUACCUAUCCGAUUUAAGAACGCGCCCUUAAAAUUAUUAUAUAUAGUUACCCACGAGUUUGCAAAAUAUGGGAAAUUUGUGAUCCGUAUUACAUCCCUUUG